GUUAACUCGUCCACACAACACCAACAACGUCCAUAUUACUGACAACUGGCAACCAUAAAUAUUCACCAUGAAGCUUGCAAGAUUCUUGAUGAAACUCAACAAUGAGACGGUGACUAUCGAGCUCAAGAAUGGGUCACUAGUCCAUGGGACAAUCACCGGUGUCGACAUGCAGAUGAAUACCCACCUCAAAACUGUCAAAAUGACAGUCCGUAAUCGGGACCCGACAUCACUAGACUCCCUAUCUAUUCGUGGCAACAACGUCCGGUAUUUUGUGCUCCCUGAUGCACUUCCUUUAGAUACCCUCUUAGUGGAUGAUGCGCCGAGGCCGAAAGGUAGGAAGAAGGACGAGGGGCGCGAAAGGGGAAGGGGACGAGCUCGAGGGAUGGACCGUGGGCGUGGUAGGGGAAGAGAACGAGGAAGAGGAAGAAGUUUCUGAUGAUAUGGUCAAAUAGCAUUAUCAUCGGGAGAUGAAGAGUUCGCAUAGGGUGCACCACCCAGCGGAUGUAAAUCCCUCUAUGUAAAUCUAAAUGCUCCGACAUCUGGUCCUUCUGAAAA